AGACCUACAUGGAUUACAGACUGGAGAAAGGAGACGACAUUGGACCUGCCCUUCGGGAAGCAAUCGAGAAAUCGAAGAUUGCAGUAGUCAUUUUCUCAGAAGACUAUGCUUCUUCCACAUGGUGUUUGAAAGAACUUACGCAUAUACUAGGAUGCAAGGAAAGAUAUGGACAGAUUGUUAUACCCAUUUUUUAUGGCAUAGAUCCAUCACAUGUACGAAAACAGGGAAGUAAUGGACUUGCAGGUCGUCAACUUAAGAAACGUUUUAAAGACAGUAGGGAUGAGGUGGUCAACUGGAGGGCUGCUUUGAAGGAAGCAGCCAAUAUGUCUGGGUUUCAUUAUUCAAGGAAAACAGGGACAGAAGCCGAUUUUGUUGAGGAAGUUGUCCGAGAUGUUUUGACCAAAUUGAAUCGUGAAUCGUCAAGUGAUUCAAGGGGUCUGGUUGGAAUUGAAAAGAAAAUUGAGUUCAUAGAGUCGUUAUUAUGGUUAGAUUCACCAGGUGUUUGCUGUGUAGGUAUUUGGGGCAUGGGCGGUAUUGGCAAGACCACCCUUGCUGAUGCUGUAUUUCACCGACUCUCUUCUGAAUUUGAAGCUUCGUGUUUUCUUACAAAUGUGAGGGAGAACUCAGAAGAAAGAGAUGGAAUAUACCACUUGCGUAAUAAACUUCUUUGUGAGAUAUUAAAGGAAAAAGAUCUAAAUAUCCAAACUCCGUCUAUACCGCCUAUUAUUCGACGUAGGCUCAGUUGUACGAAGGCGCUCAUUGUUCUUGAUGAUGUGAGUGCUUCAAGCCAACUAGAAGUUCUUGUUGGUGACCAUGAUCGGUUUCGCAACGGAAGUGUAAUCAUUAUAACUGCUAGAGACAGGGGCCUACUUGAGGAAAAAGUUGAUAGGAUAUACGAGGUUGAGGGAUUAAGAUUCAAUGAAGCUCUUCAGCUCUUCCAUUGGCAUGCAUUCAAAAAUAAGUCUCCAACAAUGGAUUAUACCGAGUUGUCAAAAGAGGUGGCAAAAUAUGUUAAAGGCAUUCCAUUAGCUCUUAAAGUUAUGGGGUCCUCAUUCCUUCGUUGUAAGAGCAAACAAGAUUGGGAAGAUCAAUGGAACAAAUUGAAACGAUUUCCAAGCGAAGGAAUCAAAAAAGUGUUGAGACUAAGUUACGACGGAUUAGAAGAAAAUGAGAAGGAGAUAUUUCUUGAUAUAGCAUGUUUUCAUAAAGGCGAUAACAUGAAUGAUGUAAAAGUGUUACUAGAUAGUCGUGGUUUCUGUGGGGAAGUCGGAAUCAAAGUUCUCAUUGAUAGGUCUCUCAUAUCAAUUUCAAAACGCAAUUCCAUAGAGAUGCAUGAUUUGGUGCAAGAAAUGGGUAGGGCAAUUGUUCGCAAACAAUGUAUUGAAGAACCCGGAAGACGCAGUAGGUUGUUCAGUGCAGAGGAUGUCUAUCAAAUAUUGACAAAUAACCAGAUAACUGCAACUGUUCCAGCCAUAUCCUUUAACUGGUCUAAGAUUGAAAAGCUAAACUUGAAUCAUGCAAACUUCGAAAAGAUGUGUCAACUGAGAUGGCUACGUGUCGGGCAUUCUAAGUUUUCCGAGAGGAGCACAGUAAUGGAUUCUCUUGAUCUUCCCAAUUCUCUUAGUUAUCUUCACUGGCACGAAUAUCCUUUGAAAUCUUUGCCAUCAAAAUUUUCUCCUGUAAAUCUUGUUGAGCUUCAUCUGCCGUCCAGCCAAGUUGGGGCGCAACUUUGGACUGAAGAACAGAAUCUUAUCAACUUAAAAGUGAUCAGUCUUUGUUGCUCCUUUCAUCUAACUGAAGUUCCAAAUCUCUCUCGGAGUCUAAAAAUUGAGCGUAUAGAUCUGGGUUGCUGUUUAAGUUUGGUUGAAAUUCCUUCGUACUUUCAAGAUCUUGACAAUCUUACUUAUCUUGGACUUGGGCAAUGCAUAAAUAUCAAGACUCUUCCAGAGAUGCCACGCAAUGUUAAAUUCUUAGAUUUAUCUGAUACAUCAAUAAAGGAAUUGCCUUCAUCAGUUUGGUCUCACAAAAAAAUUUCUGACUUUAAUAUUAGUUACUGUAGAGACCUUGAGAAGCUUCCAAGCAGCAGUUGUAACCUGAAUGUCUCCGGUACUUUUAGUCUACACGGCUGCCAAUCUCUUUGCGAGUUUUCAGAGCUUCCCAGGUAUACAAGAGUGCUAGAUUUGAGUGAGACAGCAAUAAAAGUAUUGCCCUCAUCAAUCGAGUGCCUCUUUGGUCUCACUGAAAUUAAUCUGUCCUCUUGCAAAAGCCUUGUGAGUCUGCCAACAAACAUUUGCAAGUUGAAAUCUCUUGAGAGACUUAAUCUCAGUUUUUGCUCUAAAUUUCAGUACUUCCCAGAAGUCUUGGAGCCUAUGGAACAUCUGAAGCUUCUUAUUUUAUCAUGUACAUCAAUUAAGGAGCUACCCUCAUCGAUUGGAAACCUAAUUAGGCUUCAAGGAUUAGAUCUCCAUGAGUGUAAGAAGCUUGAGGUUGUCCCGAACGUCAUCUACAAUUUAAGCACUCUUAAUUUUCUCAAUUUUGAUGGCUGUUCGAAAUUGAAGAAAUUGCCUCCCGUCUCAGUAGACUCAGUCGGAUUGCUUUCUUUGGAAGAUCUAUACCUCAGGAAGUGCAGUAUACUAGAAAUCCCUGAUGGCCUCGUUUGCUUAACCUCAUUACGAGGGUUAAAUAUGAGAGAGACCAAAAUUAAGAGCAUACCUGCAAGCAUCAAACAAGCUGCUCAGCUGUCUCGCCUACGCCUAAUCGAUUGCAAGAGCGUAGAAUCUUUACCAGAGCUUCCCCCAUUUCUGCAACGUCUUGAAGCACAAGGUUGCACGUCACUGAAGACAGUCUCAUCAAGUUCAAGCACUGCACUCGCACAACGUUGGGACGAAUAUAUAUUUUUUCCAGGGCGUCAUGAGAUACAUAAUUUUUCUAGUUGCCCAAAGUUGGAUCAGAAUUCACGAAGCAAUAUAAUGGCUAAUGCACAGCUCAGUAUUAUGCGAAUGGCAACUGCAUCUUCAAAGUAUAAAGAAGAACAAAUUGAAUUAGCGUCACAUUAUUUUGAAGAUUUAGAUGAUUCCUAUAAUGAUACUGAUUCAGAUGAUAAAUUUGAUCGAGAGGAUAUGAUUCAGGAAUAUUUUGGCAGAUCUUCAGUUUUCAUUACAUGUUCGGGGUAUGAAAUUCCAAAUUGGUUCAGCCAUCAAAGUGAGGGAUCUUCAAUAAAGAUUGAGCUUCGUCCUGAUUGGUUUAGCACAGAUUUCUUGGGUUUCGCUCUAUCUCUUGUUAUUGCAUUGAACACCGAAGAUGCUAAAUGCGAAAUGGAGUUUGGGUGCAGGUACAACUUCAAAACAAGUAAUGGUGAAAGCAAUGAAAUCAACCAUUCUUUGUAUAAUCCGUGUUCGCAUGGAAGCACUUUAGAAGAUUCCCAUGAGGUGCUUGUGUGGUGGUAUGACAUCUUUGAAGUUGCAGAGGGUGCUCAAAGACCCACUGCGUUUUACAAACUUGUUACUGAGGCCUCUUUUGAAUUCUACUACAUACAAGAGUUUAACUCUGAAGAAGAUGAGGUUUUCGAAGAAUUCUGUUCAGAUUACAAGGUGGAAAAGUGUGGGAUUUGUCCGUUGUAUGCCCGAGAUGUUGAGAUUAUUAAGCAAAGAAUUUGUAGCUCAAGUGGUUAGGAACAUUUAUCUCACUUUAGGAUCUACCCGUGCAAGAUAAUUUUAUUGGAGUGUUGCAAGCCUUGUCUUGUCCGGCU